AUGUCUGCAGCACAACGUCUUACACAGGUCUCUGGCCACAUGGGUGCCUCCAAGAGCGGCAGCGCUGGUAGGGCGAAGCUUCUGCAGAAGAACCCAGACGACAUCGUCGUCACAGCAUGCCUGCGAACUGCGUUGACAAAGGGAGGGAAAGGCGGAUUCAAAGAUACCCCGGCCGCAGACCUGCUUGUCGGAGCUUUCAAAUCCCUUCUCGAGAGAUCCAAGAUUGAUCCUGCGUUGGUGGAAGAUAUUGCUGUGGGCUCGGUCUUGCCACCAGGAGGUGGCGCAACUGAGUUCCGUGCUGCUGCUCUUGCCGCUGGGCUCCCAGUUACGGCUGCUGUGAGGAGUUUGAACAGACAGUGCUCGUCAGGUCUGCAAGCUUGCGUGGAUAUCGCCAAUGCGAUUAGCAGCGGCAUGAUCGAGGUUGGUAUUGGAGCUGGUGUUGAGAGUAUGAGCUUGCAAUACGGGCCUGGUGCUGUCACAGAAUUCUCCGAACUCCUCGAAUCACACCCCGAAUCUGCCAACUGCAAGGUCUCUAUGGGUGUCCUUUCCGAGCAGAUGGCCAAGGAUAGAAAUGUCCCUCGUUCAUUGCAGGAUGCAUUCGCUGCCUCCUCGUAUCAAAAAGCGCUCAAGGCACAAGAGGCGGGACUCUUCGAUGAGGAAAUUGCGCCUCUGAAGGUCAAGUGGGAAGACCCUAAGACUGGCGAUGUUAAGGAGAUCACAGUUGCCAAAGAUGAUGGCGUUCGACCAGGCAUCACUGCUGAAAGUCUCGGCAAGAUCAAGCCGGCAUUUGCCAAAGACGGCUCUAUCCACGCUGGUAACGCAAGCCAAAUUUCCGACGGCGCAGCAGCCGUGCUUCUCAUGAAGCGCUCUACAGCUGAGAAGCUAGGCCAGCAGAUCCUGGGUAAAUACGUUGCCGCAUCCGUGGCUGGCGUUGCUCCUCUGCUUAUGGGUGUUGGACCUUGGGCAGCAAUCCCCAAGGUGUUUGAGAAGACAGGCAUCAACAAGGAUGAUGUGGAUAUUUUCGAGAUCAACGAGGCGUUUGCCAGCCAGUGUGUCUGGUGCGCGAACGAGCUGGGCCUGGAUCCUAAGAAGAUCAACCCCAAGGGUGGAGCGAUUGCCUUUGGACAUCCUUUGGGAUGCACGGGCGCUCGACAGGUCAGCACACUAUUGUACGAGUUAAGGAGAAGAGGGGAGAAGGUCGGCGUGACGAGCAUGUGCGUAGGGACAGGAAUGGGCAUGGCUGCCGUGUGGGUGGCGGAAUAG